GAUUUUGAAAGCACAACCCAAUUCCCAACAGAACUUAUUGAUGCAGGCCAGCAAGCAUCUGCAGGGGGAGUACACGUGAUUGAGGACAUCAGUAUGGGCAGUGACGGCCAACAAAUACUUGUUUUUACGACCGGGGAGCUCGUCGAAGCGAAAAGGGUGACGGCUGGUAAUAGGGUAAUACAAUUUAUUGGGUCAGUUUCGGAUGAAUCACUACGGGUUUACCUCAAGUUGCAAAUAAAAAAAUAG